UUCCUUGUCAUCGCUGAAAAAAGAGGAGUUGACAAUUUUUGACACAUACAUAACAAUGACAACCAGAACCGAAAAAGAACGUCAAAAGGCACUACAAGAAAAGUUCCAGGCCAUACUAUCAAGUCUACUUAAAGAUGAUGACAACAAAUAUUGUGUUGAUUGUGAUGCGAAAGGUCCAAGAUGGGCCUCAUGGAACCUUGGGAUAUUUUUAUGUAUCCGCUGUGCCGGAAUCCACAGAAACUUGGGAGUUCACAUUUCAAAGGUUAAAUCUGUCAACCUAGACACAUGGGGUCCAGAACAGAUUGCUAUGAUGAUGGAGGUGGGGAACAGCCGUGCCCGGGCAGCAUACGAGGCUAACCUUCCUGACAAUUAUAGGAGGCCCCAAGCUAAUGGGCCACUGGAGAACUUUAUACGAGCCAAGUAUGAGCACAAGAAAUACCUAGCCAAGGAAUGGGUCACACCAAAACCUUCUAUACCUAAAGAGCUACUUGAAGACGAUAGAGACAAGAAAAAGUCAAAGCUGAAAUCAAAUGCCACUUUGUCUCUUAGCGCUGGUCCAGUUCACAAAUCCGCAACAGCCCCAGGUUCUCUAACUGAGGUUGGAUCCACUGCCCCUGCAACAACUAGAACAACCAGCAGGGCAAAGCCAAUUGCUGAGACCAUACAGGCUCCUGUAGCACCGGCCCAGACCAGUCAUAGCACAACUGACCUCAUUGGUUUAGACUUUCAGCAUCACCCAACAUCUGUACCCAGUUCAACUCCAGAUGCACCAUCAGCACCAACAAGUACCCCAGGGGGUGGGGCCAAUAGCCUCCUGGAUGAUUUCAUGGGGGCUGGCAUCUCAACAUCAACCCCAUCUAGUCAGCCACAACAAACAUCCACUCAGAAUGGCUUAGAGGCUAACCUUUUUGGAGAUACAGGAAGUAGUGCGGACACCCAGGGGGCCCCGAAAGCAAACACAAAGGACUCCAUUAUGGCUCUCUUCGGGGGCCAACAGCAGUCACAACAGACUCAGUUUGGAGUCCCAGUGAGUAAUACAAAUGUAGCUUCUUCAAUAUUUGAUGGAGUGGGUGGGGUAAAUCUACCCCAAAGCGGCUACAUACAACCAUAUCAGCAGCCAGCAAUGUACAGUUUUGCUGAUUCAGGCGGGAUGUACAUGCCGCAACAAGGAAUGGGCGGGUACGGCAUGCAGCAACAGCCACAACAGAUGUCACAGCAACAAAUGCCGCAGCAAAUUCCACAGCAACAAAUGCAACAACAGGGCAUGUAUAGCAAUCAGAUGAAUAUGAUGGGGGUCGGCGCCCAGGGACAGAUGGGCAUAGUGGGACAGCCCCAGGGUAUGGGAGGAAUGCCGCCGCAGAGUAUGGGGGGCAUGCCAGCCCAGGGUGGGGGAAUGAUGCAGGGUAGGGGCAUGAUGGGGCAGCCCCAGGGGCAAAUGGGCAUGUACAGCCAGCAACAGAUGCAGCAGAUGCAGUUUAACCAGAUGCAGGGUCAGAUGUCUGGUAUGAGCCUUGGAGGUGGGGGCCAGGCCGGUAUGGGAUGGGGUGGGGCACAGAGCGCUGGGGGUGGUCAGACCCUUUCAACAAAUCUCUGGCAGUGACAGGCCACAUCAACCUGAGAUUAGGCCACACCCACCUUUAGAAGGAGAAACAUUCCAGCUGUUGAUGAUGUUUUUAAGGUGAUCGUGUAAUUCUCGUUCUUUUGAAACGAGACUGAAUUUUUAGGAAUGGAAUUGUUAUGUUGGCAUAUUUAAUAAUGGAUGUUUAUUUUUGAUUUGUUUAAACAUGAGUAAUUUGAAAUAAAACAUAACACCUAGCUGAAAGGUAAAAAAUAUUUCAGUAUUCCCAGAAAAUUCUUAAUUACGUUUAAUAAAAAAAUAAGUCUUUGUCAGAAUUUUUUGUUUACUUAAGGUAAAGGUUUAUUUAUAAUCAAUCAUACUUGUAAUAAGGGGGUUUAAAACAUACACACAUAACAUGCAUAAAAUUCAUUGUACAUGUUCAUUUCGAUACUGAUAAAAUAAUGACUAGGGUAAAAAAUGAGAAGAAAGACACUGGUACAUUUCAAUAACUUCAAUUAAAUAUGUUAUUCAGGACUUUAACUAAGUUAAAGUUUGUUUGAUUCAAGAAUUGGAAAUAUUUGCUUAAAACUGCUUAUGUCAGUUGGCACAGUUUUGCAUUUACCCCACACUUUAUACAGUUAUUCCCCUUAAGUAAAAAGGCUUUCCCAUUGCAAUCCAAGCUAAUAUAAACCAGCUGAAACGUUUUAUGAAGUACCCUAAAAGAGAUUUCUGACAGUGCUAGGGGCAUUACUAUCCAGAAUCCUAUGUUGCAAAUAUUUAUAUUAAAUUGUUAUACACUGGUGAAAACCUCUCUUAGGACUCUUUUUGAAAUGGUCCCUAGAAUUAUGGUAGAAAAUAUCAUGUAUGAAAUUGCUCCUAGGAUCUUGAUAAAGCAGCUCCCUCCAUUUUGUUGACAUGUAUUUGAUUUGUUUUAUGCAUUCUCAUAGAGAAACAGAUCAUGGGACUUGAACAUACAAAGUUGUCUUAUUUACAACACCCAUCAGACUCAGUCCUUGUACAGUGAAGUCCAAUUGUCACAGGCUAAAGUAAAAUAAAAAAGAUACAAGUAACAUGGAUCAAUUUGUUGUUUUUAUUGUCUCUGUUGGACACUCUUGCAGGACGCAUGCACAUAACUAACUUACAAAACUAUGAAACAAUACUGUUUUGUUCUUUGGCUCUUUUUUUCCAUGAAUUGAUAUCAGAAAUUUGGUUUCGUAACAUUGAUCAUUAUAACAAGGAUAACACAUGCCUUAGUCCGAUAUUUAUAUCGUUACAUCCCAAUACUGGUCAGUCUUGUACCCCCUUUAACACCUUUAUCUUCAAUUAUAAAAUUUCACAAGCAAACUAUAUACUGAGAUUCAGAAAAUUCCACAUAUUUCUGAGAUUUUUUGGUCUCAUGAAGAAUUAGAACAGAUGUUUAAAUGCAAUCUUCCGCUGUUGAAAUGCUUCAAAUCCAGGACUUUAAUGGGGGCUUUGUCUUCUGUGACUGCACUGGACCUACUGUGGGGCUCAACCCAGCCCGUAGACAGCCUGCAUAUGGACUAUUGCCCUCAGCAUUUCUCGGCACUGAUACUUGUGCAGUGUGUGUAUGCAGAUUAUCAUUUGCGCUUAAAACAUCAAUUGGACAACUGUUAAGUAUAUGGUGGGUGUUUUAACUGACUAGGGAUUUGUGCAAUUAUUUGUUGAAUUUCUCAGUUGAAAUGGCUGAGCAUACGGCUAAAAUACAUUGCCAAUCUUUGUAUUCAUAUCAUAGAAAAGCUUGCUGCAGCCAUUUGCAACUGGUUAUUUCUUUUGAUUGGUCAGAGUUUGCCAAAAUGUUAAUUGGUUGGUCAAUACUUAUCCAAUAAUUUCUAAUAACCAAUAAAAACAUUUUUAAGGCAAAACAUAAUUUGUGGCCAACUUAUUUAGAUUCAAUAUAAUUGGGUGCAGGUUGAUAUAAAAAAAAGUUAUGAUGACCAUGUAUUUCUGUACUGACAUAUUGUUACAUUUGAAAGUUACUAACCUUGAACUGAUUUUUACAACCAAAUGUGUCAUACAGAUUUUAAUUUAAUUCACAAAGCACGUAGCAUAAUGAAUAAAUAUUAACCCCUUGUAUUUGUAAAACCUGUUCAUAUGUAAUAAUGGGCUGAGUGUUCAGAACUUGGAUAAAGUUAACAACAUUGUUAACAUCAUUGUUGUUAACUUUGAAAUCUUUAAUGUUCUGGGAGUUUUAUGGAUACACUCGUGAUCUGCAUUGUUUCGAACAAGAUUGGAGACAACUAUUUCAGUUGUUAACAACAAUCUUGUUAAUCAUUUUGUUUACUUUAACAAAGAUCUGAACGAUCGGCCCAAUGUUUGGUUGACAAUGAGUUCUCAUAUUAUUUUUGUUAUGAUUUUAUUGUUUUUGACAAUAGUGUAUAUUGUUCUGUUUUAUUUGUUCACAGUUUUCUUUUUGCAUCAUCUGAUAUAAUACCCAUUGUCAUUAAUAUGUUUCUCUUGAUGUAAGCAAUGCCACGGAAUAGUCCAGUUUUGGGUAUCAGGAACAUGUCAUUGACAAACUUCAUUGGUUCUGUUAGUUUCAACGUUAUACAUUUUACAUCGAUUGUGAAGAAAGUCAUGAUAACUUAUACUUAGUCACUCACAGUACGAUGUUGUGCAAGAGUGUGGUCUUGUGUUGUGGGGGGAGACCGGAGUACUCUGAGAAAACCCACUUGUCCAGCUUGGUAACCGCAAACCAAACUCACAUGCAUCCAGGCUGGGAUUGAACCUGUGUGGCUUUGGUGAGAAGCGAGUGUACUAGCCCGACCACCAAAUAGUUCUGUUACAUUUUGUGCCUCAUGAAAACAUUCAAAUAAUAACUUUAUAUUUCUUGUGAUUGUUGGAAAAUUGUUCUUAGUUUUGACUUUUAAAAAUAAGUGUUCUCUGAAAUGUUUCUGAAUAAAAUUAAUGAAUUAUGCCUCUAUCAGGAAAUUAAUUUUUCAGUCGCCAUCUUUCCUGGUAGAUGACACAAUUCAUUGGGGAAAAAAUAUUGAUUUGUACUACCCGGUAUUAAAAAUUAAAUGGUUCUGUUGCAUUGCAAUCAUCUGUAUUUAUUUGCGAAAUAUGACCAAUCCUAUGAAUGUUGAUAUUAUUCAUAAAACAAUAUUAUUUUGUGUUUUAAAGAAAUAUUGGUUAGCUUAUAAUUGUGUUUAAUAAUUAUUACUGUUGUUGGCUAGAAAUCUGUGAUCUAUUUUCAUAGAUUUUAUAUUCUGUGUAAAAAUGUUCAUUAUUGUAAUGGUUAAAGAUUGUUAGAAUGAAGUUACAAAAAUAAAGGGUAUGGUCACACAACCGUCUAAUUUGUGUUAGAUCAUACUAACAGUCUUUAAGUUUUUAGUGGUCUACAUUAUAUUAUGUAAACUACCCACCUACUGGGCCAGCCACUGUUUAUAUCUAUGGCUUCACUUGAUUAAAAUCAAUUACCACUGACUGCCGAUUUACUGAAAUAAUAUUUUUGGGAAAAAUUCUGCCUUCCCGUAGGACAAAAUACAAUGUUGACCACUAAGUGUGUAUUAAAUGUCCCGAGUAGAUUUGUAAAUAAGUGCACCAUUUCUGCACUACAUAAACACAAGUUUAUUUAUGAUACAUAUUGUACAAUGUUGUGUGGAUAGAUUUAAUGAGAAAUGACAAUUUACCAGUUCAUUUGGUAAAAGCACACUUAUAAUCCUUUUACCAGCUUAGUGUUUAAGAUUACAUUUUGUCUACUUAAUCCGCCUCUACUAAAAUGAACUGAUUCACCUGAUUAAAAUCAACAUCAGCUGACUGCUGAUUUACCCAAAUUAAUGUACAGCAGAUUUGGAAAAUACUACCAUCUCAUUGGACAAAAUAUAAUUUUGAACACUAAAUAUGUAAUGGGAAAUUUUAAACACUAAAUAUGUAAUAAAUUUGAUUAAGGUAUGAAAUAUUACAGUAUGUGACUAAUACUUAAGAUGUAAGAAGUUAAUUAUUAUUAAGUUAAAAUUUUAAGAUGUUUUUAAUAAAUAUAUCAAAUUUAGAUAUAGCUAGGGACUGACCAAGUUACAAAAGUCUAACAAAAUUAUCUAUGCUGUAACAAACAAGUAAAAACAAGCAUGGGAUGUACAAACAUUUACUCAUAGUUUCAUACCAUUUGAAUACAUACAUUGUUUAAGUGGGUCUAAAACACCAUUAAUUUUUCUCUCAUAAAAAAAAUGACAGAAGUUAACGUACAUGUAUUAUUUCAUCAAACAUUGAAUACAAGUGAGCAUUAAAAAUGAUGUCAUCGUUAUGUGAUGUAUAGUGAUAUAUGACAACGUUUUGCUGUUAAAACAAAUGCAUAAAUCUGUAUAAAUAAAUAUAAGAAAAUUCA